CCCAGACCACAAGGCAUUUACUCUUAAGGCAAGGUAUCCCAUGUGACUCUGUUCUUUGUUCUGCGUCCAUUCUGUCCCGUUUCGUCUCUGCUGAUUUUUGAGCUGGCCUCAAACAUGGCACCCACCUCCUUCAUCUUCAGGAUUGUCGACAAGUUUGUCGACGGGGAAGUGACGACAAUACGAUGUGGCCGUCGAAAGUACACUAUACCCUCUUGCUACAAAGACAUAUACUGGCCCCAAUAUAAGAAGAAGACACACGGCAAGCAUGAAACGUACCGCGAAGUAGAGCAUUUGGUGACGCAAGCUCGUCUAGCUGCCAAACAUGGCGAUAUCCGGGUGAGUCCUAGAGUUGGAGGAUACGCCUAAUGUACCAGCCAUUCUACAGGAUCUACUGUUUAUUCGCAGAGCUGGGAGAACAUUAUGGUAAGGGAAACACUGGCGAAUCUAUGUGUGGAUCAACUCACGACCCAAAGCACCUGGCCUACGAGUCCAAUGUUGGAACAUCCAAGAACAUCGUUGUUGCCGACAAACAAGCAAUGCGCUACUUGAAAGCUUAUGCGUGGUUCAUGGAGGGCAUCCUCCCGUCUCCUCUGGGAAAGUUUCGACUAGGUGCUGCAAGCGUCACCGAAGUCUUUCCGUUUCUCGGACCUGUAGUGGUCUUUUUAACAAGCAUGACUGUCUAUUGCCGUACGAUAAGUAAUGUUUCAGCUCCCUUCUGGCUCUGCAAAGAGAUGCUUUUUCCUCUCAUGUGGAGUAUAUUCUUCUCAUUCUUCUUCCCUGAGGUUGGUGAUCUCGCCGCAAGCAGUAUCUCCCCCAGCAGACGAGCAGCUCGCAAACUCAAAUACUUGCUCAAACUUCGUGGCCUCCUCGUUAAAGACCAGAAGUAUGACGAUGGGCUCUACAUUUCCACCAGGCUUUCAGACGUUUUUCCGGAGCUACCCGGCGAUGGGGAGGAGGAGCACGAGUGGGCGUAUCCCGAAAAGCUAAGGGAAGAGCUUUAUGGUGGGAAGGACUUUCUGCAUUUGGUCGGUAGAAAGAAUGGAGACGAUAAAGUCUGAUGUAUCUCCAUUAUGACUGGAGAGA